AUGGAAGAUCAACAAAAACAUGAUCAAUUUGAAAGUAAGAGAUCUAGUAGUUUAGAAUAUGUUGAGAUCCAAACACGCAAGCAAAAAUCUGCUUUCGAAGUAAUUUUGAUAUCAAUAUUAGUAAAUCGUUGAAAUUUGCUUAAAACCAGUUUUAUUUCGUACCUCCAAUGAAACUACACUGUUGAAGGAUUCUCUAAGAAAUAUAAAGUUUUUCCAAGAGCAGUUUACUGAUCAUUAUGAGGAAAUGUUGGAAGACGUAGCCGAAAAUGCAAGAUUGCAUAUUUACAGCAAAAAUCAAGUUAUCAUUAAGCAGGACACUUAUGGCGAUACUUUCUACAUCAUAAUCAAGGGAGAAGUCAAAGUCUUAAAAAGAGUAGUAACUGUAAUAGGGUCGUUUACAACAAAAAAAGGGAAAUAGAAAGAUAAGUUUCAUGAGGAAUUGAAAGAAAUAACAACAUUAAAAGAUGGAGAAUAUUUUGGUGAAUUGGCAUUAUUGGUACUUUCUUAAAAUAUAAAAGGAAAGAAAACCAAGAGGAGCAGACAUAGUUGCAAUAACUGAUUGUUUCAUUCUGGAGUUAGACAAAGAUUCAUUUGACCGAAUAAUGUCUACUAAGGCUUAAAGACAAUUUUUGCAUUUACUAGAAACUUUAAGUUGCAAUGUAAUGUUGAAGGAUUUAUCAAAAAAUGCUAUUAAGGCUUUAUUUAUGAUCAUGGAGAGAAAAGUCUAUAAUUAUGGAGACGUCAUUUAUAAACAAGGGGAUAAAGGAGAUUGUCUAUAUUUUAUUAUUGAAGGAGAAUUUAAGAUGGUUUCGAAUGUCAAGAAAGAAUUUACAAAGAAUGGAAGUGAUGAGAUAUUCUAUUUUGAAAGAGAAGCAGAAAUAUGCAUAUUAGGAAAAAAUGAAUCCAUUGGGUUGGAAGAGUUUUUAGAUCAAGAGAAGAGAAUGUGGAAAGCUAUUUGUUAAAGUUAAGAGGGUGUCCUAUAUAAACUGAAUAGAAUUGAUUAUAAAAGAAUUGAAUAACGUUAUCCAGAUAUCGUUUAUGCGAUCCAAAAAGUGAGAGAUGAAAAAAGAGUUUAUUAUAAUAAAUGGAAACAAAAAUAUGCAUAUCCUCUGGAGGCUGGGGUAGAAAACUAAUAAAUACAAUAAGAGGAUCUAAAAUUCGAUUAUCAGAAAUAUGUAGAGAAAACAAAAGAUUUGAAAUAAAUUAUUAUGAAAGAUAAGGAAAUGAAUUUUAUAUCUAGAGACCAAAUUACCGUCAAUGAUGAUAUGGAAAUUAUGCUGAGAUAUUGUCCUUAUUUUUAAUUAGAGGUAUCAUAUACAUCAUGAUUAAGGAUAAAAAAGCAUCUCCAUUUUUGGUUAACACUCCAGAAACCAUUUAGAUUAGAAGAGUGAAGAGUGCUAAUUAUAGACCUAUAAGCACUCAAUGUUUAACAACCAAUGACAAGUCUUUUGUAAAGACUUUCAAAGGAAAAUAAAGGAUCUAAUCAAAACAUGAUAAAAUAAUUGCAGAAACUUAACCCACUUUAACAGUAAACUAAUAAACUACUACUCAACCUGAAGACUAUAAAUAGAAGUCAAUUUUAAUAUCUCCUAAAAUUAUUAAGUCAACUCACAAUUUACUCUCUCCUUCGAUUGUUGAUAAAAGAAAAUCAAAUUAAAAAGCUAAAUUUAACAAUUAAAAUGAUCAAAUGCAAAGUAAAGUAACUACUUUUAUGAAAUUGACACCACAAAAAAUAGAAGAAAUGGCAAUUUAAUAAAGAUUGAGCAAAGAGGAAUAUAAAUAAAAAAAACUCUAUAUUAAUCAAUAUCCUUUUCGAACUCCAAAACAAAUGCUGAAUCGUAUUAAAUCUGCUAUUAAAUUCUAAUCUCCUAUUUGUACACAAAGUUAUCGAUAAUCCUAAUAAGGACAAGUACAAAAAGGAACUCCUACAAUUAUCAAAUCUCUAAGUCCAUAAGAUUAAAGUUCCUUCGGUGAGGGUACAAGAAUUCAUUCAUUUAAAAGUUCCAAUCAAUUUAAUUUUGAUUUCUCUGCUUUACCUCUUAAAUAUUCAGCCUGCUUUAUAUCUUCAGAAUAUCAAAAAAGAAAAAAAUAAACACUUGGAAAUAGUUUAAAAUUUAGAAAAAAUUCUAACUUUUAAUCUAUGCCAACCAGUCUUUGA